CUCAUAUUCUCCAUGUCUUGAUGACCCAGACACGCCAGGACAUGGAUCCGUCCUCUCGUCCUCUUUCGUUGGCUUCACUUCCUCCAGAGAUCCUCCAUCAAAUCCUUGAAUACCUUCCUAUUUCUUCGCUGCUGUCCUUUUCUCAGGCCUCCAAGCGUUAUCAUCGCAUAUCCACCUCCGCCCUCCACACACUACACCUCGCUGUUCUUCCUCGGCGUAUCUAUGGCGUCUUGGCUUUCUUGAAUUCUCUAUCUCUCGACGACUUGGACAUCUCCGACUCGGUCGGCCAAUCAUGCGCCUUGGAUCAGGUCAUUGUGACUUCAAAGAUCCAAUCCCCUGCUGCUGAGUUGUCAAAGAAUGCAAAAAGAUCCAAUGACCUGAAUAUCAGUCCAGCCGAUUAUCGAGAUCAACUUUUUACUCUUCAAAACGCUCUUGCUUGCAAAGUCCUCUCGACUCCUGCUCUAUCAAGUCUCCAAACUUUGACCCUUCACCUCUAUCAUUUGUCCUCUCCAGCCCUUACGAGAAUACUCGCCACUUCUCUUCCACAUCUGCGUCACUUGAACCUCAACUUUUUCCAUCCAUACAUCCAUGACACUUGCUUACCCGCCCACUACUGGGCUUCAUCAGUCUUUCUCAAAGGGAGUCCCAUCUGGAACUCACUCGCCGGUCUUGGCGCCGACCAUGCCGCAAAUCUCUCCCUUCGAAAUUUGGAGAGCCUGACUCUCGCAAGGGUAGGCAUCACCUCGGUUCAACUCAGGCGGUGGAUUCAGAACAACCCAAAUCUGAAGCAGUUGGCUUUUCGCAAUGUCACAGGAGUUGAUCAAGAAUUUGUCGAGUGGCUAGGACUCUACUACAAUUCUCAAAAUCAUAAUCGAGAUGUCCCGCGAAUCGCCAGAUUGACCGUUUUGAUCCUGGAGCACUGUGCCAGUCUCAAGCUGAAAAGUGUUGAGGAUUUCUACUGGCUGGAUAAUCUCUUUGAGAUCCUCCCCAAUUCCAAAAAUAGCGGUUCGGUUUUGGGCACCGCAGGACUAGACGUUCUUUCCCUACGGACGCAUGGCGCCAUCUCAACUGCCAAUUUUCUCGCCUAUCUCGAGCUGCGCAAGCCAGCAAUCGAGCAAGUCACCGUUCCAGAUGGCCGUGUUUUCGUAGCCAACCCCACUACUCCUCCAAACCAGAAAUCCCAUCUAUCGCCUCCUCUUCUUCACCACACUGGAAGUCGUCAAAACAGCUCACAGAGUCUGAACAGUCUGCCCGAGCAGGACACUCACCAAGAUUGGAGCGAUGACAAUCAGCCUUUAUCAUUUCUAUGCCAAAGCUAUUCCGAAGCCUUUGCCUGGUCCUCACUCCACGGUAGCAUUCCUCGUCCCGGUGGGUUACCUGUCACACACCCAUCUCAGGAUGGAAAUUCUCUCAUUGAGGUUGAUGAGGCAGAGGCUUCAAAUUCUGCUGCGUAUCAAGCCGACAAUCGACUGAUCAGACCAAUCGUAAGGAGACUUCGGAAAUGAGCUUCUUUUUCACAAACUUGCAUUCAACGCUGCUCUGUUUUGAUCUGCUGUUUUCUGUUUGAGCUUUUCCUGGGACGAGCACAUGUGACAAUGCGGAAUGCCGCCAUGAUGCGAAAUGAUAUAUUAGAAUGAUUCAUGACUAUCACAUAGAUGUAUUAUGAUGAUGAACAGAAUAUCAAAUCAAGAUUUCUUG